AUGACUAAAGAGUGUAAAGCGAAUCUGGCUCGGACGAGCGCACGUCACGAGCAGCUCGCAUCGAAGCCGUUUGGUUUCUGUUACACCGUGCUGCGGGAGGAGAACUCGCACCAAGCGCGUGACGAGCUUUCCGAUGCAAUUCGAACCCAUUUUGUGAACGCGAAAGUCAACGAGCGGUCCAUACCUUCGCGAUUUUUCUAUGACGACGCUGGAACAGCGCUGUAUGAACGCAUCACCUGCACUGAAGACUACUAUCUCACGCGAUGUGAACGGGAGAUUUUCCGUAAAUACUGCGAUCGGAUAUUGAACAUCGCAGUUGGACUGGACGAAGAUGCACCUAUUCGAUCGCACUCUCCCAAUGAGAGAGCCUUACAUAUCAUCGAACUGGGCGCUGGCGACGGACACAAAACAGCAGUGCUGGUGCAGCGUGCUCUGCAACGUGGCCUGCACAUCACGUACCGUCCCAUUGACAUCAGUGAGCGCGCCAUGACGGACUGUGCGGAGCGCAUCCUCGCAACGCUGAGCGACCCCGAGAAUGGUCAUCAGCGUUUGGAGCAUUCGAGUGUUGAAGCGCAGUUCACCUUCCAUGGUAUUGUGGGUGAUUUCUUCGAAGGACUUGGAUAUGCGCUGCGCGCACCAGGACGGCGUCUGCAGAACCCUGUUGAGGAUCGACUACUGGCAAACGCGGGCAACGCGGGGUAUGGUGCAGCUCCCGAGUCAGCUCAUGAGCAUGCUCGGCACUUAGUCAUGUUCAUUGGAUCUUCGAUUGGCAACUUUGAUCCCACGAACGCUAUAGCAUUCUGUAAGCAGGUUCGGAGCUUGCUGCAGCCUGCCAGGGAUCACUUUCUUGUCGGGUUCGAUCUGCGAAAACCUUAUGCAAUCAUGCACCGAGCGUAUAGUGACCGUGAGGGUAUUACUGCAGAAUUUAACCGCAACUUGCUCCGUCGUGUGAACAGAGAACUUGGAUCCAAUUUCAAUCCGGCGAAGUUUGAACAUUUUGCCCAGUACAAUGUUCGACUCGGGGCGAUGGAGAGCUUCCUUGUCGCCACCGAGCAUAUGCGUAUUGUUUUUCCAAAUCUGGCGAUGGACACGACGGCGUUGCCGACUGGGAACGAAAUCGCGAUAGAGCUGCGCCCCUGGGAAGCCAUCCAUACGGAGUACAGCUGGAAGUAUACUUUAGAGGACAUUUCUGCGCUGGCACAGAAAGCUGGCUUUAGUAGGAUUGCUGCGAAUUUCUUUGAUUCGAAGAACGGGUUUGUGGACAGUAUCUUCGCUCCGUAG